CGCGCGCUCUCUUGUUCAUGUCGUAUUCUCAUUUGGCGCAUUCACAGUAUGGCGCGUUUGGAAUGCCGGUGUCUUUUCUGGCUGGUCGUUUGUGUGUCGGGCGCUCAGUUUCUCUUUGCGGCGUCAGGUGAUGUGACUAAGAAAUGCGACGAAGAUAAGGCUAUGACGCUGUCAUUUGAUGGCUCUCCAACAGUAUUUCUCCAGAAGACGAUUAACGGACUUAUAAAGGUGACCAAAGAUCUCCCAGGAAUCGUCCUCCGUGUAAAGUCUGGCCGCACAACACUAACGGUGCCCUUUGCUUCCCGGUACGGUUACGUGGCUGAGCAGCGUUCCCAUUAUGCUGUGGUCCUUGCCUUCGGACGUCCCUCUGAUUUGAAAAUAUUCACAUGCCCUAAGCCAGAUUUGAUGAAGCAUAAUAAAAUUAGAAGGUUGCUGAUGACUGAGAGAUGCACAGUUUCAGCCAGUGAGAAGCUCCCUUGUGGAGGGUCUUCAUCCAUCACUCAAGCAGACUGUGAAGCCAACAGCUGUUGCUAUGAUGCGAGCAGCAGCACCAGUCCAUGCUACUAUGCCAAUGAUGUGACUGUGCACUGCACCCUGGAUGGCCAAUUUGUGGUGGUGGUGUCUGAGAAUGUGACCCUUCCUCCCGUGGAUCUUGGGUCCAUCCAGCUGGUGGACAGCAGUUCCCCCAGCUGCAGCCCUGUGACCAGCCUGUCCAGCUUUGUCCUGUUCCAGUUUCCAGUCCGUGCCUGUGGCAGCACAGUUCAGGUGGCUGGUGGCAAUGUGACCUACCAGAACACCAUGUCUGCUGCCAUCAAUGUGAGGAGUGGUCCAAUGGGCUCCAUCACCAGGGACAGUGUCUACAAGUUGUUCUUCCAGUGCACCUACUUGGGAAGCCAGGUUGUGCAAGUGGAGACUGAGGUGUAUACUGUGGCGCCACCUCUUCCAGUAGUAGAGCAAGGGCCCUUUGACUUGGAAUUGGUCAUUGCAACAGAUUCCUCAUAUGGCUCCUACUAUGUGGAUGCUGACUACCCUGUGACCAAAACUCUGAGGGAUCCUGUGGCUGUGGAAGUGCACAUUGUGAACAGGACUGACCCUAACCUUGUGCUGACUCUUGGAGACUGCUGGGUCACUCCAGGACCUUCUGCUUCUAGCCAGCCCCAGUGGAGCCUUCUGGUGAAUGGGUGCCCAUACACAGGUGACAACUAUUUGACCAGCUUGGUGACUGUGGACAGCACAUCUGGAUUGGCCUACCCAAGUCAUUACAAGAGAUUUGUGUUUGAGAUGUUUGCUUUUGUGGACCCUGCAGCUCAGCAAGCCUUGGCUGAAAAGAUCUUCAUCUACUGUGUUGCUGCUGCCUGCUAUCCUUCUGCCACAGACCCCUGUACUCAGAGCUGCCCUGCAAAAAGAUUUGGCAGAGCUGCAGACAGGAUGGCACAACUUACUUUCUCCCGGAAGCCUGUGCUACUUCACAGUGGUCCUGUUGUGGUGAAGGCAGAUGGUGUUCAGACAUCAAAGCUGGAGCAGAAAGCCUCUCUUCCCACUGGAUACCUGGUGCUGGGAGCUGCAGCUGCCAUAUUGAUGGUGGUCCUGGUUUUGGCUGUAGUUGCUUUGAGUUGGUUGAACUGGCAAAAUGUGAAUCUGAAAUUUUAAUAAAGGGCUCUUUGUAAA